AUGUUUUCUGAUCGCUCUCAUCUACAACGUCAUUUGCGAAUCCACACAUCGGAGAAACCUUUUCGUUGUGUCAUCUGCGAAAAGAGUUUCUCUACCAGCACACACCUGAAACAUCAUAUUUGGACUCAUACAGAUCAGAAACCGUUCAUGUGUGACAUGUGCGACAAAUCCUUCCCAGACAAUUUCCAAUUGAAGCGUCACAUUCAGACUCAUUCAAACGAAAGACCAUAUCAGUGUUCGGUCUGUCUGAAAUCUUUCUCUACCAGUACCAACCUCCGACGUCACGAGUGGACACACACUACCGAGAGGCCCUACAUAUGUGAUAUCUGUGGUAAAUCUUUCUCCACUAACUGUAAUUUGUUACGCCACACUAAAAUACACACUGACCACAUUCUGUCGAACAUUAACAUGAAGCGAGCUACAGCUCCUCCUGGAUUAGAUGGCAACAAACUAGAAAAGGAUAAAAAUGAGGUAAAAGAAGAAGAGAAGAAAGAAGAGUACCCCUUUGAUUUUAAAUCCACCUUUUCUGAACAGAGUACCUCAUUUUCCCAAGAUAUAAAUACCCCAAUGAUUAAAGACACCACUUUAUUACAGAUGUAUUAUUCAUAUUCAAACCCUUUCCAGAUUGCAUUUGCUUUUCAUUCUUUGAGAAAGAUGUCUAUGAUGGAGCAAGCUGCAGAUGGAGAUGUAAUGUCUUCUCAGACAACUUCUAAUUCUGAAGCAUCCGCGGAAGGGAAUUUUACAGAGAGUGAAAAAAGUAGUGUAAAAAAUAUGAACGAGACUUCGUCAGCUGGAGAUGUGGAUAAAGAGACAACUGCGAUGACUGAAGUUAUGGAUCCUCUCACUUGUACUGUUUGUAAAAAAUCUUUCAAUGAUUCUGCCCUCUUGCAAAAACACAUUAAAACACAUUCAGUAAAGAAACCAUUUGAGUGUGGCAUCUGCUCAAAAGCAUAUGCUAAGUUUUCACAAUUAAAGCUUCAUACAAGAUCACACACUGGCGAGAAACCAUACAAGUGUGAUUAUUGCUGUAAAUGUUUUGCCUGCAGUUCAGAUCUGCGCAUCCACACCAGAACACACACUGGCGAAAAGCCGUAUGAAUGUGGUUACUGCCAUCAAACUUUCUCAACCUCUACGAAUUUAAAAACUCAUAUUAGGCGACACACGGGAGAAAGACCUUUCCAAUGCGAUGUAUGUGGCAUCGCAUUUACAACUUCAUCUUCACUAAAGAUCCACACACGCAUUCACACUGGUGUGAAGCCAUUCACCUGUUCAAUCUGUCAGAAGAUGUUUUCUGAUGGUUCUCAUUUACAACGUCAUUUACGGACUCACACAUCGGAGAAACCUUUUCGUUGUGUCAUCUGCGAAAAGAGUUUCUCUACCAGCACACACCUGAAACAUCAUAUUUGGACUCAUACAGAUCAGAAACCGUUCAUGUGUGACAUGUGCGACAAAUCCUUCCCAGACAAUUUCCAAUUGAAACGUCACAUUCAGACACAUUCAAACGAAAGACCAUAUCAGUGUUCGGUCUGUCUGAAAUCUUUCUCUACCAGUACCAACCUCCGACGUCACGAGUGGACACACACUACCGAGAGGCCCUACAUAUGUGAUAUCUGUGGUAAAUCUUUCUCCACUAACUGUAAUUUGUUACGCCAUACUAAAAUACACUCUGACCAAAUUCUAUCAAAUAUUAAUGUGAAGCAAAGCUCAGCUGCUCCUAGCGAGGACAGCAAAGAGACGGCUGAGGUGAAGGUGGAGGAGAAAGUAGAGUGUUCCAUCGAUUUGCCACCCACAGGUUCUGAAGAUGUUACAUCUGAUCCACAGGAUAUAUCUGCUGCAUUAACAGAAGACUCUCCACUGCUGAAAAUUUACUAUUGGUAAACAUCAUGGUGACUUUUUUUUUUUUUUUUUUUUUUUUUUUGUAAAAUA